GCGGGCGGGACUGGAAUCGGCGGACUGGAGACCGCGUCACGUGGUGCGGCGCCGGGAUCGGGGCCGCCGCUGCGCAGAGAACUGUUUCCAGAACGUGUAUGGCGUUGGAUUUGAACAAGAGUAGAAGUAGAGUGAACUUCACAUUUCUUUGAGUAAGAAGCAAUAAUGCAACGAAGGCAGGGAAGAGUCAAUGCUGGACUGCUUUUGCUGCUUUACCAGAUUUCUCAGGUUGGACUUCAGAACAUUCCUUCUGUUACCCUCGCAGUGCUCGUGCUGAAUGUUUUUUUCUUCCUGAAUCCCGUGAGGCCGCUGCAUGAGGCGUGCAUCAGUGUGAGGGAAGCUUUCUACAGACAGAACUGGCAGCGUUUACUGCUUUCACCUGUCCACCAUGUUGAUGACUGGCAUUUAUAUUAUAACAUGAUUUCCAUGCUUUGGAAGGGAAUAAUGUUGGAAAGGAGACUUGGAAGUGUGUGGUUUGCGUACAUAAUUGCAGUAUUCUCAGUGCUGACUGGAAUUGUUUAUGUGCUGCUGGAACUCGUGCUUGUGAAGAUUCUGAAUGAUCCUUCGUAUGAAAUGAGUUGUGCUGUAGGCUUCUCGGGAGUCUUGUUUGCUUUGAAAGUUCUUAACAACCAUUACAACCCAGGAAGAGUUAGCAGCGUCCUUGGAUUGCAGAUAUCCAGCAAGUAUGCUUGUUGGGUGGAGCUGGUGGCAAUUCAUUUCAUUUCCCCAGGGACUUCUUUUGCUGGUCAUCUGGCAGGGAUUCUUGUUGGACUGAUGUACACAAUGGGUCCUCUGAAAAAGAUCAUGAAAGCGUGUGCAGGUGGCCUUUCUUCAUUCACAGACCCUGAUAGGCCAAGGAGCUACUAUUCGGGUUAUUCAGAGUAUUACAGAUAUCCAGGUGAUCAAUACAGAACACCAAGGAACUAUCAUGACUAUACAGGCGGGCUCACUGAAGAAGAACAGCUUGAAAGGGCAGUGCUAAACAGUCUGAAUGAAAGAGGUUUUGGUGGAGCAGCAUACAAUAACGAGCGGCGACCCUACGGCUUUUGGUUCCCCCCUGAGCAGCAUUCAGAAGAGGAAAUGCGAAGGCAAAGGCUUCGUAGGUUUUGGAGACAAUGACGGGGGUAGGCGUUGAUGUAAACUGUAAAGUGAGAUUCAGAAUUCACAAAAUAUUUGCAAAUUUAUUUAUUUGGGUAUCUUCAUUUUCUUUUUUAACUACUAUUUGCAAAACUGCAGAAGAUUUUGUGAGCUUAGACUCAAAAAUUGGAUAAAAAUGAGUUGGGAAUCAAAGUGUGAUCUUUGUCAUUCGAUUUUGAUGCAUCUUAAAGAUGAAAGAGAACUGUUUUUUACCAAGCUUUUUUUCCCUGAAGUUCUGUGUAGCCUGGCUCUUUGACUGCUGGUAUUCUCAGACAACAGGUUUUCUUCAUCCAUCACAGAGAAAAAAAAAAAACAAAAAACACAAAAAACAAUAAACCCUUUUAAAGUGUAACUUUAAAACUAUGCAAUUUCUUAUAAUUAUAACUAUGCAAUUACUUAUUUUUGAUUUGAGAUGAACAACUCUUCUGGGAUGGGAUGUGAAUUGUCACUUGAAAAGACUGCCAUGAGGACAACAGCUGGAUCACACGAGUCUAGGUUUAGACUUUUCAUGGAAAGGAAGAUGCAUAAGCCAUACAAGGAAUAGAUUUAGUUGUUAACUUGUACUUCUUAGAAAUACCUGUCUUCCUGUUUAAGAGGGUUUGGAAAUUACAUUGAAUUAUAUUGUGCAUAAGCUGUUUAUAGAGCUGUAGAAAUUCAGCUGUUCAACUCUAUAUGUAUCGCGUUUGAGGUCCAGGGAGCAGUGGUAAUAGUUUGCAGGCUGGUGGAGGUCUUGCCUUAACACAGUGAACUUGGAGUUCUUCAUUUUCUAGAAAGCAUUCCUGGACUUAAUUCUGGAGUGGCUGACAGCAGAGCUGGGAGCUCGGCUGUCCCUGUGCACAGGCCAUCUAUUCUCUGCCCUGCUGGCGGCUUAUCUGUCUGUUCAGAGAUGUUAACUAACAUAAUGCUUUUUUUGAGUAUCAUUCUGAAAAACCAUUCAUUGCCUAGACUUAUUUUUCUUGUUUAUGGGAAAAAAUUCAUCUGAAAGAUACUCCUAUAACUAUUUUCAGACCUGGAGAGGUGUGAUUGAACAAAAAUGGGUUUUGUCUUUCGGCACAGAAUUGUUUGUAACUCUUUAGCACUCACUUAACCUGGUGCUAGGAUGAGCAAUGUAAUGAUUUCUUUUCAGAGAUAUCAUCACCAACGUGCUAUGUGAAGUCUCUCUCUAUGAAGUUACAGAUUGAGUGUAAAAGGGGAAAAAAAAGAUGUGGUUUAAACAGAAUGUAUCUCCUGCUAUUAAUGUAAGCUGGGGAAGUUUAUAUUUGCUGCAAAACGCAUAAGCUGUUCUCCCACUAAUGUGCCAUUCUGUUUCACCUUCCUACCUAUUCCCGGUUGCGUGCCCAGCAGCUGCACACUGUUAUACUGGAUAUGAGGUUCAAGGCUCUGAGAGCCCAAAGGCACGAAUGCAGUUUGACUUUGGAUGUAAUUGUUUAGGUGAUAGGAAAACGCUGUUGAUGUUAUGCACAGUGUUUUCGGUCAGAUUCUAAAACAAAGGAUAAGUAAUGGUGAAUUAUUGUGUUUUUGCCUUUUUUUCCUGAUGCGUGUGCCUUGGUUGUUCUUCAGUAUAUUCAGUAGCUGCAGAACAAAAAAGCAGAUAGGCGUACCUUACAGUAGGCUAACUUUCUGGUAUUUAAAUAUCAAAAAGAUGCAUAGUUUGCACAUUUUGCUCAGUGUGUAAUAAUGAUGUGAAAAGGAGGAAGUAGGAGGAUUGUCUCCUCAGACAAAAUGUAACGCACUGGUCAAAUGCUUGUGCAAUUUACUGCAUCAUUUUAAUUAAAAGCACUGCACUUCACUAGUUAGUUGGAGGAAGUAAAGCAGAAACCAAGAUGAAGAAUGUGAUUACAACCACGUGAGUAACACAGGAAGUUCCUCAUGCUUACAUUCUGUUGAACGUUUGCCAUUAAAUUCUUAAGAAAACCUCUCAGUACUAAUAGCUGUUCAGCUGUUUUCAUUUUUUGUGUAAAAAAAUUGAAAUAAAGUUUGUUUAUAUUUCA